AUGGUUGGCAAGGUGUCCGAGCGAGUUCUCCUGAGGGAGGGGUUGGAGAGAACUGAUAAUGGCAUGAAACUCACAACCUGGCCGGAUGUCGCCCCAAUCAACCAAAAGAAUUACUAUACUGACUACAUGAAGCGGGAUGAUCAAGUUCUAGCUCUACGCCUUCAAAACGAUGCAACCCGCGACCGACUUGUCCAGGGCGCCAGAGAUCGCGAUCGCCUCCUGUCGAAGCCUGAAAAUGGCGAACUGCCUCUGCCUGUUCCCGACCUGACCGAGGAAGAUGGCGCGGCGACACCAUCCGGUGGUGUUGAUCCGUCGCGAAUCAUUGUCAUCCACCCUGGCAGCCAGAACCUUCGGAUAGGUUUCGCCAGCGAUGCCCUCCCCAGAACGAUUCCCACCACAUUGGCAACCAAGUUUCCCCAAACAGAGGCCGAGAUGUACGAGGCCCUGCCACGCCGCCAGUUUGAGGCCAAGACGACUGAUCAGCAAUACGGCGAAGAGUGGUCCAAAAAGUAUGCAAAAAUGUGCAGCGACUUGAAGUCUGAGAUGCGCGCCAACAAGAGAAAAGUUUUGCCGAAUUCUAAAGAAUUAGUGCAAACUUUUAACCGUCGCACAGAGCCAGAAAUCAUCGAGAAGCAUAACGACCCCUUGGAGAUAGAGUGGACAGACGUCAAGACUCUCAAAGACCCCAAUUCGCUAGCCUCAUGCUUUAUUGGAAACGAUGCCCUCCGUGUGCCCGAUGACUCCGAUCCCAAGUUCAAACUUUGGUGGCCCUUGCGCCAUGGAUGGUGGAACGAGGAGGAGUACUCUAGCCAGGAGCACCUGUACGAUGAUUUUGAGACGUUACUCGACAAAGCGCUUCGCCAAGAACUUGGCUUGACUACCAACAGCGAGUGGCAACAGUACAGCUGUGUGUUUGUGAUCCCUGAUCUCUACGACAAGAAAUACGUCGAGCAAAUCCUGCGGUCUUGCAUGACUUGGUUCGAGUUUAACAAGGUUUGCUUUGUCCAGGAGGGUAUAGCGGCUACUUUUGGUGCUGGCUAUACCCAAGCCUGUGUGGUAGACGUUGGUGCACAGAAGACGUCAGUCACUUGCGUUGAGGAUGGUCUCUGCAUCGAAGACUCUAGAAUCAACAUGAAGUACGGCGGGUACGACAUUACUGAGACUUUCAUCAAGAUGAUGCUCUACGACAACUUUCCCUACCAGGAUAUCAAUCUUCAAAGACGGUACGACUUUCUGCUGGCCGAGGAACUGAAAAUCAAACACUGCACCAUGUCUCAAGCCGAUAUUUCUGUGCAGCUUUAUAACUUCCACGUUCGCGCCCCCAACCAGUCGACUCGCAAAUAUACCUUCAAGACGUAUGAUGAAGUCAUUCUGUCGGCGAUGGGGGUGUUUGACCCCUCAAUAUUCGAUAAUAGCGCCAAGCUUCGAGGACGCCGGAAACUUGUCGAGCGCUCAUAUAACGCAUACGACGUCGACAUCCCGGACGAUCCAGCCCCCGCAGCCCAGCUUGCCAUCUUGGCCUUGGUCAAACCCUCCAUCAUGUCGGCUACAAACGGUCCACCACAGUCCCAGUCACAGCCGGAUGUUUCGACUCCUAGCAAAGAACGAUCUCAACCAUUCAAUUUUCUUGUCCGGGGGGAAAACGGAGUAAAUGGCACGCCGGCUGGCUCUCAUGCCGGUUCUCCAGCUCCCGAGGGAAAUGGAACCCCAGCCCCUUACAUAUUUGGAGCUGGAAAAGAUGCUUUGAACGCAGACAGUCCUGCUCUGAAUGGCUCCCGCGCAACAGGUACACCUGUUCCCGGGCAGCCGUCUCAGUACUCACAAGCGCCCUCUGGCAUGUUUGUGGGGUCCAGUGCACGGAGCGCGAGCGACGUUGCUGUCGAAAGAGACGGUGUCCUUCCAAUGGCCCCUCUGGACAUUGCAAUUCUAACCAGUAUUCAAAACGCAGCCAAAGGCGAUGAUAAGAAACUUCGUGACUUGUUGGGCAGCAUCAUGGUUAUUGGCGGUGGUUCAAAGAUUCCGCAAUUCACGGUGGUCUUGGAGGAGAAGAUCAAGGCCCGACGACCAGAUUUGUAUGACAGAAUUUUGGUAAGCCGAAGUGCCAGGGACAUGGAUGAGCAAGUCGUCGCUUGGAAGGGUGCCAGUGUAUUUGCCAAGCUUUCGACGAACGACUCGUGGAUCACUCCCUUUGAGUUUGAGCGAUUGGGCGCGAGGACUCUUCAUCACAAGGUGCUUUGGGCCUGGUAG